AUAUCUUAUAUACAUUUAAGAUCUGUUGUAUGAUAAGUUGCAUUUAUUAACAUAGGCUGUAGUUUUAUGAAAAUGGCAACGUUUAGUAAUAUGGCAAAUAUGAAUGCUAUUUUGUUUUCGUUUAGAAAUGCUUCUUCUAGACUCAGAAACAACUCGAUUUAUCGAAUAAGUAGAACAUACAUCGAAAAUCCGUCGAGAAAAUCUUGCGACAGACUUAAUUCCAUUACCAAUCUUAAAAUACCAUUUUGUAUUCAUCUCCCAAGGAGAUACUUAUGCUUACAGAAGAAUUUAUCAGAGGAAGAAGUAAAGAAAAACGUAGACAAUUUAUCGGAAAAAUUUAGUGAAGCUAUCGGACUACUAGAAGAUGCUAGACAGUCAUUAGGCACUGUAUAUUUUAGUGAAGAUAUGAAAGAAGCAGAAGAUACAGUUUCAUCAGUUUUAAAUGAUUAUAAUAAUCUUCUAGGAAAACUUCAUGAAACUCAAAGGAUAAAUGUUAAUAGAACUAUUGGUUUAAAAAUGCAUGAAUUGAAGGCACAACUUCAGUUGAUCAAGGAAAUGUGUCGAGAAUAAAUUAUCUGUAAUUACUAUUUAAAUGAAAUUAAUAUUUUGUUAAAGAUAUUUAUGUAAAUUUCAAAACAAAUUUUUCAUGUAAGAAUUGUUAAUUAUAAAUAUAUUUUAAAUUCAUGAGUUAUAUAUAUUAAAACAAGCUUGAUUUUAUUGUUAAGGCAGCUGUACACAUUCAGUAUUUGCCAAAUGCUAAAUAAUUGCAUUUUGCUAAAGUAUUUGCUUAAGUGUUUGUCAUGUGGUGAGUACACAUGCACACACAUCAUUUGCCAAGCAUUAGUUCAUUGUGAGAAUGACAAAUGAUUCUCUGAUAUCUAGAAAAUGGACAGUUUUUCAACAAUAAUUUUUCCUGCUACAUUUGUAUUUAUUAGUAGUUCAUAGCUAUUAAUGAAAAAUGAGCAAAUCAGUUUGGCUUACCCUACCCCACUUUUAAUACUCCAAUUUUCUACUUUACUUUGUUAUGACAUGAUCUAAAUGUUACUAUUAACAAGUCUUUUUUCAAUUUGGUGAAGAAUAUUUUCCACCUUGAUUAGUUUCAUUAGACCAUCAUACUUUUCCCAUUAACAAUAAAGUCAUGCUAGUCAUCUAAUUCAGUUCAGUAGAAAAUUUUUGAAUUGAAAUAAUGUGACUUCUAGUCCAAACUGGAAGUUCAUAUAUAGUUAAUCAGUGCCAUUCUGGUCUUGGCUUUCAUCUAUCUAACUCCAUUCUUGAGAUUAAGGAAGGACAGACAGGCAACAGAUGCAAGUGGAAAUUUACAGGUCUGUAACUUUGAAAAUUGCAACCCAAAAACAAGAAAAUACACAAAUGCACAGAGACAAAUAUUCAACCCCUUUGAUUUGACACAAUUUAUCAACAAGGAGUGGAAAGUGGUGAAUACUGAAUAUUUGUCACAAGGUAAACCAUCCAUACUACUUUGUGUUGGCCAGACGUUUGCUUAGCAUUUGGUUAAUACCAAAUUUAUGGAGCCACCCUUAUAAUGAAAAGAAAAUAAGCUAUUUACAAUACUUUGUUAAAGAACAAUAA